UUUUUAAGAGCUACAAUGAAGAGAUCAUUCCUCGUAAUCGCUGGCCUUUUGGCUUUCAUGUUAAUGGUCACCUUAACGGAGUCAAAAUCAGGAGGAAGAAAGUCCACGGAGAAUGACGAAUCCCACACGAAGAUGAAUCAAAAGCACGAGGAAGAACUCGAAGAGGAACCAGAAGCCGAGCAUUAUUUCUCCAGUGCAUCUGGUGAAGGUCAGUGAAUCUACCAAAGCCUUUAUCGAUUUUCUAAUUAAGUAACAAUAUCCUGUGUGGCACUGAGGCGUUUGAAAGGAAAAGAAAAUAGGGGCAAUUAAGGUGAGCGAGCACGUAAAGCUGAAAUGGAUACAGAUCUUCAAGCAAGUGGGGGUCCCUUUCAGCCAUGACCCUAAGACAAGAAAGGGGCCCCGGCCUCAAAAAUUAUUGGGACCUUACGAAACUACGACGGCAAUGUCAACAGGAACUUCAAAAAGGCAACAUGUUUAAAAAGCAAAACAACGCUUUUUUGUAGAUUCUCCGUCGUCCUUGUACAACUGCGGGGUAAAAUGACCAAAGUUUAGCUUCAAGAUUAAGUUCUCUUGAGAACGGGAACGGCAAGGUGAUAAGUUUUACAGUCUAACCUCUCCUUACGGACACCUCUCUAUUACGGACAUAACUGCCACAUAAUAUUUAAAAGGUUCAUAUUCAUUCAGUAGACAGUAGAUAUUCAGCCAAACAACUGUGCUUGUCAUAACUUCAGAUCAGAUGUAUUAUUCAAAAACUGUAUCAUUAAAAGGAUCAUUAACACCUCAGACUGGGGUGAUCUGACAAUGUUAGCAAUCAAAUUUCACUUAAAUGAAAUCUGACUGGUUGCAACACUACAAUUUCUUGAAUACUAUUUGCAAAAAUGGUUUUUCUUUAACUGUGAGGCAAAACAGGGCCUACCUUGACUGCAAAUCGCACAAAAUUGUACUUCUGUAAAAAACUAAAAACACCUCAUGAAAUAUGUCUUAAAUAAAUAAAUUAAAAACCAUACAUUCCCUACCUCUAUAAUACGGACACCUCUGUAAAGCAGACACUUGGUUCUGUCCCUUUGGUGUCCGUAUUAAAGACGUUUGGCUGUAUUUCUCAACCUGCGGGCUUCACUGUGACCUAAAAUAAGGUGGGGACCCGGGUCCUUCGCUCCCGCCAGAUGGGCCAAUAUUAAGGGAAUUCGAGGGAGGAGGGCGGAAAUCGAUGUGAUUAUUUGAAUAAAACAUUUCUUACGCCGGGUAGUGUCUGUUUGUAAGUACAACACGAAAAUUAGAAUCUUUCCUAUCUUUCCUACUUUUGAUCUGUCCUUUGGAAGGAGUUUAAUCAAGUGACGUGAGAAAUAGUAUAGAGCAACAAACUGUUAUGUACCUCAAUUGCAAGGAGAAUAUCCGGGCAACUUGCUAAGCGCUCAAAUUUAAAAAAAAAACCUAACUAGUAAAGUCAUGUAAAAAGACAGAUACAACUUGUCUGACCCAACAAACGGUCUUAACUUAAUUUAGAUAGACCUAAAUUAGAGUUUUAUUCGUCUCAUGAAAAGUUCGACGUUUGUUUGGCCUAGGCCUUAGACCCUAACGGUCCAACACUUAUCCUUCCAUAUUUUACCUCAAUUGGCAACGAAUGCAUCAACACACAAAUAUCAACAUUUGAUCAUCGAAUAUGGUCAAAGCGAACAUGGAUGAUUGUUUUGUUUUGAUUGUUACCCCAACGUGGGAAAUUUAAGAGUCAAGCCUUACUCAGCGCUUUGCUUCACAUUUAUUGCAUUCUGUUUUCCCGAAGCCUUAUUCUCCACACAAAUUCAAAAGCUUUUAUAACCGGUUAUUAACCAGUCACAUCUUUCAAUCCAACACAAGUUCUUACUCUAGUCUUGAAACUAUCGUGAAAUUUUUGGAAAAGAUCUACCAUGUCCUUAUGAUUUAACAAUUUUUAUUUUUCAGGUUCGGGACACAAGUCUGACCCGAAUAUGGCGCCAUACCCAAGACCAUACCCUUACCCUUACCCUUAU